AAGGAAAAAAAAUGUAAACACAAAAAACAGUUGUCUUCUUCUUCCCCUUCAUCUUUUCCUUUUUCUUUCCCUAGAUCCAAUGCUACCAAAAAUUUCAUCUUUCUCCAAAUCCGAUUUCUCUCUCUAUCUCUCAUUUCCCUAAUUUCAUAAACUGAAACCCUAACCCUAAAAAAAUCCCCCCUUUUGUGCUCUCACUAUAAAACCCUAAUUUUUCCAAUUCUCUACCCUCAAUUCACCAAGCUUGAAUCUUUAUUGAGAACUUGUGGUCAAUUUUGCAAAAUGGCUACGAGGGGAAGCAGAUCGGAAAAAGUAAAAAGAAUUUUCCAGCAGUUUGACCUUAACCAUGACGGUGGUCUUAACCGUGAAGAAAUGGCAGCAUUAGUGGUCGCUGUAAACCCUAGAGUCAAAUUUAGCGACGAACAAAUCAACGCUAUACUCGACGAGGUUUUCCGUACAUACAGUGAAUUUAUCGAUAGCGAAAAAGGGUUAACUUAUGAUGGUCUUUUACGUACCUAUGAUGACGGGGCAGGUGACGUGGACCGUGAUUUCGACGCGCUAGGUCUCGAGUUACUGAAGCCUGAGGACAAUGCUGGAACUUCCAUUGUUGCUGACGUGGCGUCUUCGUCGUCUAUUGUUGAUGAGAGAGUAAUGGAGCCACAUAAGAAGCAGAGGACUGCAGCUUGGGCAGCUUCACCGAAUCACGGGAUUGUGUUUGAUGACACGUGGAAGCUUGUUGAUGAUCUUGAGAUAUUGAUCAAGAGGCUUAAGUCUAAGCAAUCGAAAGAUGGGAAGGUUAAGAAUGAUAAUUCGGAUGUGUAUUCGGAAGGUUGGUCGAGAGAAUUAGGGCCAAGUACCGAGCUUACGGAUAAAAGGGUUGCUUGGGAGGAGACUGGACAUGAUUAUGGUGUUUUUGUGAAGGAGUUGGGUGUGUUGAGGUCGAGGGCUGAUGGGUCGAGGUCAAGGGAAGAAGCGUUUGAUGGUCAUAUGGCAAUUGGUAGGGUUUUGUAUGAUCAACAUUUGUUUAAGGAAGCAUUGGUGAGUUUUAAGAGAGCUUGUGAGUUGCAGCCUGCUGAUGUUAGGCCACAUUUUAGGGCUGGCAAUUGUUUAUAUGUGCUCGCGAGACAUAAUGAGUCGAAAGAGGAGUUUUUGCUGGCGUUGGAGGCGGCUGAAGCUGGCGGGAGUCAGUGGGCUUAUUUGCUUCCCCAAAUUCAUGUGAAUUUGGGAAUUGCUCAAGAAGGUGAAGGUAUGGUUAUUAGUGCUUGUGAACAUUAUAGAGAAGCUGCUAUUUUGUGUCCAACUCAUUUUAGAGCUUUGAAAUUAUUGGGUAGUGCACUUUUUGGUGUGGGUGAGUAUAAGGCAGCUGUUAAGGCAUUAGAAGAAGCUAUUUAUAUGAAGAGUGAUUAUGCUGAUGCACAUUGUGACCUUGCUUCUGCAUUGCACGCGAUGGGUGAUGAUGAUAAUGCAAUUAAGGAGUUUCAGAGAGCUAUUGACUUGAAACCUGGUCAUGUUGAUGCUUUGUAUAACUUAGGUGGGCUUUACAUGGAUAUGGGUAGGUACCAGCGUGCUUCGGAGAUGUACACCAGGGUACUAAGUGUUUGGCCGAAUCAUUGGAGAGCACAGCUCAAUAAAGCUGUGGCUUUAUUGGGUGCUGGGGAAACUGAGGAAGCUAAGAAAGCCUUGAAAGAAGCUCUGAAGAUGACGAACAGAGUGGAAUUGCAUGAUGCAGUAGCACAUUUGAAACAGCUUCAGAAAAAGAAGUUGAAGGGGAAUGGAAAUGGCAAUGGGGAGGAGGCGUUUAUCAUUGUUGAACGUUCAAAGUUCAAGACUGUGGGUGAGAAAACCACAGUGAGAGCGGAUUUAUCUACUGCUCUUGAUAUUAGAAGUUUUCAGAGGAUUACUCGUCUUAAUCGUUGUGAUGUUGAUCAGAUAAAGAAGGAAAUAAAUGAAACUGAUGUACCAAUGUCUUAUUCUGGUGGUGUACCUGAAAAGUCAAUACGCAAGGCUUCACUGGAGGAGAUUCUUCGCAGAUUGCUUAAAUUCUUGAAAGCAGAGACCUUUAUAGGAGCUGUUAAAGCCAUUAACCAGAAAGUUCUCUCGGUUUUAGACGAGUCAGAAUCGGGUCGGCUUGAUCUGGGCAUGUUUUUCGCUGUUCUUGCUCCUGUCUGUGGAGGAUCACCAGACAAAAGAAAACGCAUUGCAUAUGAGGCGCUUUUGUGGCGUCCUGUGAAUGAGGGUAGCAACCAGAUAAGAAAAACUGAUGCUCAGAGGUACAUCAAACUGCUUAGAGCUAUUUAUAUUCCUUCUCAUGGAGCAAGUGAAAUGCUGGAAAUUCAUGGGGAGAUGGACACAUCAUUGGUGUCUUUAGCAGAAUUCACUGCUAUGUUUGAUGAUCCUGAUUGGGGAUUUGGUAUAAUGUCCACUUUGCUGAAGCUUGAAUUUGGGGAUAGGAAUCGUCACGGUAGCCAUGUUUGUGCAACUUGUCGCUACCCAAUCAUUGGGUCUCGCUUUAAGGAGAUGAAAUCACAUUUUAGUUUGUGCAGUCUCUGUUACAGUGAAGGAAAAGUACCUCCAACCAGCAAGCUAGAAGAGUACAGAUUUAAAGAAUAUGCUAGUGAAGCCGAGGCAGUGAAAGAUAAGUGCAUGUGGUUUGGAAAAUGAGUGUAUGUUUUCUGAUGUUCAGGGUGUGAAUUAUAUCUAGCUUAUGAAACAUGUUCCUCUUGUACAAUAAUCCUUUCAAGUUGUGACCAUCAAUUCUUUGUUUAAAAGGCAGUAUUGUAGGGAUUUGUAGUUCUUUGUGGGUGCCUUCAUAAUUAUGACUCCUUUAAGGGAUUGUAUCUCCUGCAAGUUCAUCAGUGUAAAGUUCUAUGUUUUCUCCCUUGA